UCUUACAACUUUCUCCCUCUUCUCCUGCUUCUGCUUCCGUUUCUACUUCUUCUUCUUCAUCGCCAUCAGAUUCGACUAUUAUGGAUUCAUGAGUUGAAUCUUAGAGAAGAGUAUGUUUGAUUGUGGCACAAAUGGAGUCAAAUCUCAAGUAAUCAGUGGCCACCGGGAGAAGUUUGUGAGGUUGGAUAGUAUGGACUCUAGAUACUCUCAGAGUUCUGAUGCGGGUCUGAACAGAUGCACAUUAAAUCUACAAGGACCUAAACGUUUUGCUCAGGGAAGCAAAACAUCAUCUGGAUCUUUCAAGAAAGGAUUUAGAAAAGGAUCAGAGGGGCUUUGGUCUAUAGGCAGAUCGAUUGGACUCGGUGUUUCACGUGCUGUGUUUCCUGAAGAUCUCAAAGUAUCAGAGAAGAAGAUAUUCGAUCCACAAGACAAGUUUCUUUUGCUCUGCAACAAGCUGUUUGUAGCUUCUUGCAUCCUCGCUGUAUCCGUGGACCCUCUCUUCUUGUAUCUUCCGUUCAUCAACGACAAAGUGAAAUGCGUUGGUAUAGACAGGAAACUGGCGAUCGUAGCAACUACGUUAAGGACAGUCAUAGAUUCGUUUUAUCUCUUUCACAUGGCUCUCAGGUUUAGAACAGCUUAUGUUGCUCCCUCAUCACGAGUUUUUGGUCGAGGAGAGCUUGUGAUAGACCCUGGACAGAUAGCUAAGCGGUAUUUGCAACAGUACUUCAUUAUAGAUUUGCUUUCCGUGCUUCCCGUUCCACAGAUUAUAGUUUGGAGAUUUCUCUACACGUCGAGGGGUGCAAGUGUUCUAGCAACGAAACAAGCACUUAGAUAUAUCGUGUUAGUUCAAUAUAUCCCGCGUUUUCUACGUAUGUAUCCUCUGAGCUCAGAAUUGAAGAGAACAGCUGGUGUAUUUGCUGAAACCGCUUGGGCUGGUGCAGCUUAUUACUUGCUGCUUUACAUGCUUGCAAGCCAUGUCAGUACCAUACAAUCUUCGUUUUUUUGGUUGUUGUUGUUUGAAGCAAUAUGUUCUUAUAAAUGGUAUGUGUGUAUGCAGAUUGUUGGGGCUUUGUGGUAUUUGCUUGCCUUAGAACGCAAUAACGACUGUUGGAGCAAAGCUUGCCACGGUAACCAGACAUGUACCAGAAACUUCUUGUUUUGUGGUAACCAAAACAUGAAAGGUUAUGCUGCUUGGGACACUAUGAAAGAUUCGUUUCUUCAGCUACAUUGUCCUGUCAAUGUAACUGAUGGCGAGGAACCUCCCUUUGAUUUUGGAAUCUACUUAAGAGCUCUCUCCUCUGGCAUCGUCUCAUCUAAGAACUUUGUCUCUAAAUACUUCUUCUGCUUGUGGUGGGGAUUACAGAAUCUUAGUACACUUGGUCAAGGACUUGAAACUAGCACAUACCCUGGAGAGGUUAUAUUCUCCAUAACACUUGCUAUUGCUGGACUUUUACUCUUUGCCCUUCUCAUUGGAAACAUGCAGACUUAUCUUCAAUCACUUACAAUCCGGUUAGAAGAAAUGCGAGUCAAAAGACGCGACUCAGAACAAUGGAUGCAUCACCGAAUGCUUCCACCACAACUGCGAGAACGGGUCAGACGAUAUGACCAGUACAAGUGGUUAGAGACACGAGGAGUCGAUGAAGAGAAUCUUGUUUCGAACCUCCCAAAGGAUCUUAGAAGAGAUAUCAAACGUCAUCUCUGUCUCGCCUUAGUACGAAGAGUUCCGUUGUUUGAGAACAUGGAUGAGAGGUUGCUUGAUGCAAUCUGUGAGCGGCUCAAGCCAUGUCUAUUCACUGAGAAGUCUUUCUUGGUUCGUGAGGGAGAUCCAGUGAAUGAGAUGCUCUUCAUAAUCCGUGGUAGGCUCGAGAGUGUAACCACUGAUGGUGGUAGAAGUGGAUUCUACAAUCGUAGUUUACUUAAGGAAGGAGAUUUCUGUGGAGACGAGCUUUUGACAUGGGCGCUUGAUCCCAAAUCUGGUGUUAACCUUCCUUCCUCGACAAGAACUGUAAAGGCCUUAACCGAAGUAGAAGCUUUCGCUUUGAUAGCAGACGAGCUGAAAUUCGUGGCGAGUCAGUUCAGGAGGCUACAUAGCAGACAAGUGCAACACACUUUCAGAUUCUAUUCACAGCAAUGGAGGACUUGGGCCGCUUGCUUUAUACAAGCAGCGUGGAGACGGUACACAAAGAGGAAGAAACUGGAGCAACUUAGAAAAGAAGAGGAGGAAGAAGAAGAAGAAGCAUCAUCGGUUAUUGCAGGAGGAAGUCCGUAUAGCAUUAGAGCUACGUUCUUGGCUUCAAAGUUUGCAGCAAAUGCACUUCGCAGUGUUCACAAGAACCGGACUGCGAAAUCGGCUUUGUCUGCACCAACUAAAGAAUUAGAAUUGGUGAAGUUUCAGAAACCUCCAGAACCAGAUUUCUCUGCUGAUUGCUGAAGAUACAACUUAGCAAAGGCAAGGAUUCUUUUUUCUUUACUUGUACACAAUCUCUAAGAAGUCAUCAACUCAAAAAGAUUCAAUUUUUGUUUUGUUCUGAAAAGUAUUCUUGCUUGGGUGUUCAUAAAGCCCAAAUAUUGUAAUAUAAAAAUGAUUAUUUGUGAUUUGCCCUUUUUUCUUCUUAUCAUUAAGAAAUAGAUUGAAAA